AUGGAAGCCUCAAAGAUAUUACUAUUCUCCCCAUUAUCAACCUCAAAGUUACACACAAACCAUUCAAAUUUCUCGAGUAGAAAUCCAAAAUCUCAUCAUGCGAGACUGAAACUCAAGAUCACAAGCAUGGCAAAAGAAGGAAGUGACACAAACAUAGGCAUAACAGAGAAAGCAGCAAUAGCAGGUGGUUUAAUCUCAUCUCCAGUCAUAGGUUGGUCUCUCUACACACUGAAAACAACUGGUUGUGGUCUUCCACCAGGACCAGGUGGAUCAAUUGGUGCAUUAGAAGGAAUAAGUUACCUCGUAGUAGUGGGAAUUGUUGGUUGGUCUUUAUACACCAAAUCAAAAACUGGUUCUGGUCUACCUAAUGGUCCUUUUGGGUUACUUGGUGCUGUUGAAGGGUUGUCGUAUUUGGCAUUGGUUGCAAUUGUUGUUGUUUUUGGUUUGCAGUAUUUUGAACAAGGUUACAUCCCUGGUCCUCUCCCUGCUGAUCAGUGCUUUGGCUAG